AUGCAUGGUGAUCUGAUACAAGUGCCAUCUCAUGAGCUUAAUGCUAUGAGUUCACCUUGGCCAUUUGUAGCUUGGGGUAUGGAUAUCAUAGGUCCGAUAGAGCCAUCCGCUUCUAAUGGACACAGAUUCAUUUUGGUUUUCAUUGAUUACUUCACCAACUGGGUGGAAGUAGCUCCAUAUAAGUCGGUAACCAAGAGAUUUGCAGUUGAUUUUGUUCGCAAUAAUUUGAUAUGCAGGUUUGGAGUACUUGAAUCCAUUAUUACCGACAAUAUCAAAAAUCUCAACAUCCACUUGAUGAGAUAUAUAUGUGAACAAUUUAAUAUUACUCACCUAAACCAAACCACUUAUCGUCCCCAAAUGAACGGAGCUGUAGAGGCGGCCAAUAAGAAUAUCAAAAAUAUUUUAAGGAAAAUGAUCGACAAGCAUCGAGGUUGGCAUAAGAUGUUACCAUACGCUUUAUUGGGUUAUCGAACCAGUGUCAGAGCGUCGACAGGAGCUACGCCAUACUUGCUAGUGUAUGGAAUAGAAGCAGUUAUACAUGCUAAAGUCGAAAGACCGUCUUUGAUAAUCAUCCAAGAAGCUGAGUUAAGUAAUGCUGAAUGGGUCGGUAAGCGGAUUGAUCAACUAACUUUGAUCGAUGAGAGGAGAGUGAUUGCCGUUUGUCAUGGUCAGUUGUAUAGACAGAGAGUGAUUCGUGCCUUUCACAAGAGGGUAAGAGCUAGAAUUUUUGAAGCUCGUCAAUUGGUUCUUAAGCGUAUUUUUCCUCAUCAAGAUGAGUACAAAGGAAAGUUCCCACCAAACUGGCAAGGUCCGUACAUGGUUCGUAAAGUAUUAUUGGGAGGUGCCUUGGUCCUGUCGGAAAUGGAUGGAACCAUAUGUCCGAAACCGAUCAACUCAGAUGCUGUCAAGAGAUACUACGUGCGAAGCUGCGGUUUACAUUCUGUUAUUCACUUGUAA